AUGACUGCUACGGAUUAUACACCAUGUGUUCAUAGUUCGGAAGUUACACAACAAGGUAGCAUAGGUAACAAUAGUGCGAGUUUAUCACCUGCAGAGUACUUAUAUUCGAACAAUUCUCUGAAUAUAACAACGCAGCAGCCGGUGGAGAAGGGUAUGCAAACGCCGCAACAGGAUGACACACCGAAUACGCUGAAGAGCAGUAAGACGACUCAGUUGGGUACACCGACAGCGAUGACGGAUUUACUUGCUAUGCUGGACGAUAAUACAGCAUUUUCGGAUAUGGUUCAGCAACAGGAGGAGCGGCAUUGGGAUAUGGAUGUGCAGCGAGGUAAGGUUGUGCCGCAUCUUUCCAGUACGACAACAAGUGUGAAUACUACGAGAACAACAGACCUUUCACCAGAUUUACUACUGCAGCCGGACGGGCCGAUGAGUAUGGCUUCAGGCAGCGCAUCUGCAGGACUACUAGAGGCCACUCCAGAAAAGUCGGCUGCUCUCCUGUCACUGCAACAACUGGAACAGCAGUUUAUCAAUCCUAAUUUACUGAAUAGUGGCGUUAACUCCUCUGUGUUUGUAGACGAUGGUUUUCUGGAAGAACCAGCGGCUUUUACUGCGAAUGGUGGUAGAGUGCAUGUAGGCGGUAAUCAAGUGGUGCUUGACGAGAUGGCGUUAUCGCCCAGCGCUCAACGGAGAAUGAGUGAAGUUGUAACGGGGUCUAUCCCACUGCAGCACCAUCCAAGGGGAUCUAUUUCGCACCAGGUUGAUUUUUGGAACCUUCCAAACGAGAGACAGUCGGUUAGCAGCGGGCACAGUGCGUCAGAAAGGACAGGAAACUCAAUUGACUUACUCUCCUUCAGAAAUUCGCCUACUCCCAAUGUUACAAGUACAGCAGGUGCUGCUUCUAACACUACGGCUACAACCUUGACCCCAGCUUCGAAUUCGGCGUCUGCAUCAAUUACGAAAAACUCAUCUAAAAGCAACUCACUCACACACACGAACGGCAUGGCGCCGCCAUCUGUCUUCAAGAUUGACAAUGAACUCACGCAAUUACUAAACGACUACAACAUAAACUUCAAUACACAUACGAAAACGAAAUCAACUCCCGCGACCCGCGUAAGAGCGGGCUCCAUUGUGGCGGGAACUAAUGCGGCUAAUGCUACAGCAGGCGGGAACUUGUUAUCAGCAACUUCUGCGACCAAUGCUAGACGCAGCAAUUCUAUUUCCGAACCACAGAAUAGAGUACAAAAGCAGAGGACCUCUACGUCGUUGAUCGACGGGAGCAAUCCAGCUAUAAUGGACAAACUCUACGGUGAUGUUAAUAAGGUAUCGAAGUUUUCUCAGUGGGAAAAUGCAAUUUUGUCCGACGAAGAAGAUCAUGACGAAAAUACGGGCAAUGCGGCAAGCCAAAUAGACCCAAAGGUUACUGGCGCUGGUAGCACAUUUAUAACAACUUCGAUGUUGAACCAGGACAUGAUUGACAACAAUUCUUACGAACUACGCCACAAUAAUUCCUCCUCAACAAAUGGCAUCACCGUAGCAACCAGAAGGAAACGCGGCAGCAUACCUAAGGGCCCAAGAAACACAACUAGCAAGUCCUCCUCUCCUCUAGACGAAGAUGAGAAACCAUUUAAAUGUCAAGAAUGUACUAAAGCUUUUCGCCGCAGCGAACAUUUGAAGAGACAUAUCAGGUCGGUUCACUCAACUGAUAGGCCCUUUCCAUGUACUUAUUGUGAUAAGAAAUUCAGCAGGAGUGAUAAUCUAUCGCAACAUUUGAAAACCCACAGGAAGCAUGGAGACAUCAAAGAUACGAUACCCAUUACUACAAUAAAGAAAGGAUGA